AUGUCUUCGCGCGCCACCUUCGCCGAUAAACCAGAAACAUACCAAGCCACCCUCAAAAGCCUCUUCCACGGCAACCCCGAGGACACCAAAGCAGACCUCUCGAAAAUCUUUACUCCCGAGUUCCAAUUCGAUGCGGGUGAUGAGAAAUACGACUUUGACGGCUUUGUAGCGCACAUGCGUCGCUUGCGCGAAAUGAAGCUGGACGUCGAUCUCACAACUGUACAAUUCUUGCGUGAUGGGAACCAACUUGCGGAGCGCCAUACGUCGGUGACGACGCUGCAGGAUGGCAAGCAGAUGCGAGCCGAGACGUUCAUGUUUGCGGAGAUUGCAGAAGAUGGAAGAGUUAAUUGGAUUAUUGAAGCUGUUCAGUGA